CCUUUUCCAGCUAUUUAACAACUGCAUUACCUUAACUGUUUUAUGAGGAAUUUGGAGAAAACAAGCAAUUUAAACAAGUAAAAUGUCACAAUUACAAGCGAGGUUCUUCACGGAGAACAAAAAAUAUGCCGUAGACGAUGUGCCGUUCUCCAUCCCCGCCGCGUCGGAGGUGUCGGAACUCAGCAACAUCAUCAACAAAUUGCUUGAAGCUAAGAACGAGGAUCACAAGCAUGUGGAGUUUGACUUUUUGGUCCGAGGGCAAUUCCUUCGAGCUUCAUUGGCCGGUCACAUGGAAACAGAGGGGAUCUCAACGGAAGAGGUGGUGGAGAUUGAAUAUGUGGAAAAGUUCACAGCCCCUCAACCCGAGGAGUGUGUAAUGCAUGAUGACUGGAUCAGCUCAGUGGAAGCAGACUCAGAAUGGAUUUUGACAGGGUCAUAUGAUAAGACUGCACGGAUCUGGUCUCUGGAGGGAAAAGCAAUGAUGACAGUGGCUGGCCACUCAGAUGUGGUGAAGGACGUCGCGUGGAUCAAGAGGGAUGGGCUCAGUUCCCUGCUACUCACAGCCUCUCUAGACCAGACCAUUCUCCUGUGGGAUUGGAACUCGGAGCAGAACAAAGUCAAGGCGCGGCACUGCUGUCGCGGCCAUGCAGGGAGUGUGGACGCUAUUGCUGUUGACCCUACGCGAACUAAGUUUUGCAGUGGCUCUUGGGACAAAAUGCUAAAGAUCUGGUCAGCAGUCCCUACGGAAGAAGAGGAAGAGAUUGAAGAACCAAACAGACCUCGGAAAAAACAGAAAACCGAACAGCUUGGUCUGACACGGACCCCACUGCUUACACUGUCAGGACAUGGUGAGGCUGUGUCGUCUGUUCUCUGGAUAGACGCUGAGGAGCUGUGCAGUGCAUCCUGGGACCACACCAUCCGUUUAUGGGACGCAGAGACUGGUGGACUGAAGAGCACGUUGACGGGCAGUAAGGUGUUUAACUGCGUCUCCUACUCUCCGCUGUGCCGUCGCCUGGCAACUGGCAGCACGGACAGACACAUCCGCUUGUGGGACCCACGCUCAAAAGAUGGUUCUCUUGUCCUCCUGUCGCUCACAUCUCACACUGGUUGGGUAACGGCGGUCCGAUGGGCUCCUUCCCAUGACCGGCAGUUGGUGUCAGGUUCUCUGGACAACGUGGUCAAACUGUGGGACACCAGGAGUUGUAAGGCUCCGUUGUAUGAUCUAGCGGCCCAUGAGGAUAAGGUGAUGUGUGUUGAUUGGACAGAGAGCGGGUUAAUACUCAGUGGAGGAGCUGAUAACAAGCUGUACACGUACAGAUAUUCUGCUUACACAUCUGAUGCAGGAGCCUAAGACACAUUGUAAACUAUGGUUAUCAUGGCAACACAGGAACAGCAUCAUGGCAACACCAGAACAGGAACACAGUUGAUACACUAUCACAGCUACAUAACAGAGCAAAGAUAUGAUGUUGGCAAGAACUGCUAUUCAGGAAAGAAGACUCCUAUUCAGGACAGAAGACUUAAAAAUCCACCGUGGUUGUUUUGUUCAAGUUUUGUGUUAAAAU